AGCAAGGUGUCCACAUCAUGCCCAUUGUUGUAGAUCCUUAAUUACCACCUCAUCAUCUUCAAGAGACAAAAUGGGUUCCAAUGUUGAACUUGAUAUUGGAGCUGAUAUUUCAGAUGAACGACAUUGUAAGAAUCAAGAAGUGAGAAAUUCAACAAACUGUGGACUGAAGAGGAAACGACAGCGGAAGAUCUCUCCUUAUUCUCACAUCCGUCAACCAACAAAAUGUGAAGAUUUUGAAGUUGAGAAAGCCAAAUCAUGGACAGAUGAAAUGUUUGACUUCAUCAAUAAAGAGAUUGCCUUUUACAAGUCAGACGUAAAGAAGAAAGAGACUUCCAACGCUUCUGGGAUUCAACACUGCACUGGACAACCUCUUGACCAAGACGGGUUGAAAAGCAGCAAAGGAACAGAAUUAUUUCCCGGCUCUAACAAGAAUUAUGAUACAUCUGCAUCAGAGAACUGUUUGAAAGAUUAUCAACAUGUCAUGUUGGAUGUUGCUGCUACUUGCACAAAGCAUGAAGCAGAGCGUCCAGUGACUGUGACAGCAGUGUCUGGGGUCACCGUGCCAGAAGAGACUGAGAAGUACCCAGGAUUAACGGUCAGCUGCAGUUCCUCACAAGGAGAGCGUGAGAGACUCAAAGAAACACCAGGCACUCUACCUUUGUUAUCCAAGCAUGUGAGAUGGGAGAGGGAGGAUGUUAGCCUCAUACCAAUUGAAGGAGUAGGUUUAGGCAGUGGGCCUUGUGUGCUUGGUGGAAAUCAAGAUAAAAAUGUAAACCAACUUAAGAAAAUUGAAGACCAACACUACUGCCAUGUUGAAUCUAAGGAUGCAGUUGCACUUUCCAGCCUAGAUUCGUUAACUGAUAAAACUGGGCUUGGCAAAACACGAGUCUCUAUGUACCAAAGUGAACAAUCGGUGCGCAACCAAACAAGCUAUGAAAAUGCGGAAGAGGAUACAACUGGUGUGUGUUUACAGGCUUGUUUAAGCGCAUCUCUUCCUUUGAAUAAAGUGAGCAGGGGAGAGCUGUUCUAUGUAACGGUUGUAAAAGAUCCACAAUAUGAAGAUAUUUCAGACACAGACAAUUUAUCGGAUACGGACACGAAUCUCCUAAGCACAAAUCAAAGGGACCCUUCAUAUGAAGAUAUAAGUGAAGAUGAGAAUCCAGAAGUUGAUGAUAAUGACGAGGAGAUGCCUUCACCUUCAUGUGAAGUGUCUGAAGCCAGUAAUACGCAGUUUGGACGUGUGCAGAGUCAGGCUGAGUUUCCAAAGAACCAAACACUUGGCAUAGCACAAGAUUGCUCUUGUCCAUGUUUUGUUGAAACUGAGGAUGGGUUUGAACGUUUCUUAUGUCCUAAAUGUGACAGUGAGAAACAUUUAGAUUGGCAAGCAAGCUGCUCUUUGAGCCCCCUUUCUGACGCACAAGAUCAAGAGGAGACUGAUGAGGACGAUGAUUGGCUUGUUAUGCCUAUUAACGUAUUAGAUGUUAAAUGGGAACCAGCAGACGAAGGCCAGGCUGACCCAGAAACUGUUUCACAGCAUGAUGGUGAGCAUGAAGACCAGGUAAAACAAAGUGACACAAAUCCAGCUGUCUGUGAGGUACCCGGAUCUGUUCCAAACCAUGUGCCAGCUUCUGCUUUUUCUAUGAUGGAGGUUUUUGAAACACCUUCUCAUCUAGCAAAAGUCAUACAAUCUAGAGAGACAAUGCAACAGUCCUUCAUGGUGCCUUCCUCCUGGGGCACAACUGAGACUAAAGCUCAGAGACCACAAAAUAGGGAGUCACAUAAAAGCUUCUCAGCCUGGAGAGAUCAAGAAACUAGUGUGGAGAGUAACCUACGAACCCAGAACAGUUUCAAGUCAAUGAAGAAAGGUAGAUGUGGUGAUGAUGUGGCACCCAGGCGGAGACACAGCUUCUAUCCGUCUGUACCUCCUCUGAUGAAGCGGACCAAGUGUGAAGCCAUUCAGCUGACCAAGGCCAGAAAUCGGGACAUUCCACGGAAACAAAGUGUGUACUUUUGA